UUGUCAAAAUUUGAAUUUGUAACUUUACUUCAAAUAAUUAAAUAUAAUUUCGAUAUUGGAUGUACAUUUUUAUAACUAAUGACAAAAUAUUACGCAAAAGACUUGAAGUGAAGUAAAUUUAAGUGCGUGAUUUUUUAAGUAACUGUAACUAAAAGUCAAAAUAAACGAAGGCGCGAAAAAUGGCAAAAGGAAAACGAGGUAAAGGUGGAAAAGGGAGUAAAUCACAAAAAAUAGAAAAAGAAUACAAAAUAUUGACGAUGGAAGAACAACAAGCGCGUGAUGCUAAAUAUGCGAUGCGCUUAGUAGAUUUGCGAACGUGCCUUAGCUUUAUUGAUGAUGCAUUUAUAAGAGUGGAUGAAUUAAAAGACCAGGAAGAUAAAUUAGAGAAAUGGAAUAUCUAUUUGCGUUGCGAUGGACUGCCAAAACCUUACAUACCACCCGAUGUGCGUUUGUUUUUUGAAAAAUUGAAACAUUUUGAAAGCUUGGAUAUUGAAAAAACUAUCGAUUGGCUGUUAUCGGUGAAUGAGCGUAGUAUCUUGACUCAGGAUAUAUUCAGCAAAGAUAAGACGCGCAGAGUACUAGUUAAAGAACUACGUCCCAAUUACGGCGAUGAGUACAAAGAAAAUGUAGAUCUGAUGCUAAAGGUGAUAAAGAGUAUAGAAUAUUAUGCGGAUGACGAGCAAAAAACACUAAAAGCCGAACUGAGUAUUUUAGAAGAUAUAUUGGAGCAAAAGAAAGCGGCUUAUCGCGAAAUAGACAAAUUCUUCGAUCGUUAUGCUUAUCGCAUAUUAUCAUCUGAAGAUUCCUAUAUGGAGUCGGUAAAUGCCACCACGGCUGAAUAUGCUUAUGGGUGUGAAAAUUUUGAAAUACACAUGUGGACGUUAAAAAAUGUGCCCAUACUUUUUCGAUUUCUAGAAAUACCCUGCAUCGAGGCAUCUUUGCAUAAAAUGAAGGUUACAAUUCAAUUGCCAAUAGCUAUUCUACAAGAAAACCUUACCAUAAGAGGCAUACAUUUCCAUUUCGACCCGUUUAGUGAGAAUGCAAAAAGUUAUAAGCAAGAAAUUAAACAUUAUUUUGAAGAUUUGACGGCUGGUAUGCCGGAUCUAUACGAAUGCUUGAUCCAUGAGCAUUUUUUACAAGGGGAUCUACAAAAUCAAGUGCGCAGCAAAUUGAUAGAAAGACGUGUGGAAUAUGAAAACAAAGUGAUCGCCCAAGCAGAACAAUUGGAAAGUUUAAAAAAAUUGAAUGAUGAUGAGAAUAAAAAAAAACCAAUGAAAAUUAUUAAAUUGCCUAAGGAACCCCCUAUUGUAACGAUCGACAUGUUUCCGGAUAUCUGGGAUGAUUUUUUACAAUUAGAAAACGAACGUUUUAAUAAUUUCAUUCAUCUUGUCUAUCAUCCGGACGCCUUACAGUUGGAGGAAGAUGAGAUUAAUUUAAAGAGAUAUGCAAUACUCGGAGGAAUUUACCAAUUGCAUUUCGUUAAAAAACCAACGCAUUACAAUUUCAAUGACUUCAAUAUGACAUGGCAUGAAAAUAAUGGCGAACUAAAAAUUAUAAAAGAUGUAAUUGCGGAUGAAGUUUUACCAGUAGUUUCUGGUAUGUCUAUAGUCUCUGGGUCAUUUAUACGCUCAUCCACAAUGUCGGAGAGGCGUAGCUUGAAACGACAAAGUACUAAGCCGGAAAGUCAACCCUAUGAAAUAUUGCAAUAUUUUGAUACCCCGAACUUCGUUGUCACAUUGGAACUACCUGAUUAUUUAUGCUUAUGGGGAGAACCCGUAGCGUGUCAUUUCGAGAAUGAUUUAAUUGGGUAUUUAGAGGAAAGCGCGUCUAGUCCAGAUCACGUACAACCACGUACUGAAGAACUUAAUAAGCUAUUGGUAAAAAAUGGCAGGGAGUCUUUGUCUAAAGUAUCCGUAGAUCUUUCCUAUACGCCAAGACAAUCCACAGUAAAUAUGUCCGUACGCCUGAGGCGUUCAUUAUCGAAUGUUUAUCAUACAUCAUUAGCUCCACCCAUUCCUAUGUCACAACAUCAACAGACUCUAUCGGCUCAAGUACAAGACUUGAUAGAAGUUGAAGAUUUUUUAAUGGACUAUCCCUUGUCUGUUGUUCAAGUAUGUAAUAUACGGCGACAUUGCAUGCCACGCAUCAUUUCCUCUUUCAAGUUUCCUGUGGAGUUGCAAGACGAAGCGACCGAAGAACAACGCGGCAAGCCCAAAGGAAAAGGUGGUAUUUUGCUACGUAAACGUCAAUCCGAAAUGGACCAAGAUGAGGAAACAAUUAAGGAAUUUCAAUACGAUGGUCAAAAUAAUCCUGAACGUAUUUUCCCCUUAUUUGCCCAUCCUGAAAAAAUGCGUAUCGAUUAUUAUAAGCCCGAUAAAAAUAUAGAAUCUGCGGCCCACACGGGGACCAGAUAUCCGAAAAGUUUCGCCGAGUUGGUGCAAACCCUAGAUAAGAUCAAGAUUGAUUAUCAAAACAGCUACAAGCAUACACUUAUGGUGCCUAAUAAGAAAAUCGAUCCAAAUAUUUUUAGUAUGCGUAAAAAGCAAGUCAAGACGACAGCAUCGAUUGAUUCAUCGAAUGUUGCUCUGACGGUAAGGUUAUCAUCUACGUCCAGUGUGCCAGCUGUAAAGCAUGCAUCUAUGAAGCAAAAGCAAUCAAUUUCAAGAAUGAGCCAAAUGGACAUGGCAAAGCUUAAAGAACAAAAGGAACGCGAUAAAGAACGAGACAAGAUGGAACGUGAGGUGCAGUUGUUGCGUAAACAAAUGGCUGAGGCUCAGGCGAAAGCCGAGGCCGAGAAGCAAGCGCGGGAAGAAGAAGAAGAGGAGGAGGAGGAAGAGAACGAAGACGUUGCAGAGGGCGUACCCGAACCAGAAGUAGAAGAUAAACGGAAAACAUUUCGCUAUUCACAUUGGACGACGAAAUACAUUAAGAAUACAGAAUACGAGAAACAAAAUAGAAAGAUUAUCAUUUGGACCGAUCGAUUGGGUACUAUUGGACUUGCAUUCAAGCUAUAUGAGCAUUUUCCGUUUAAAGAUUGGACUCUUGAACCAGACAUGGAAAACGAAGGCGAAGUAAUUUUUACGCUGACAACCCAAUAUGUUAAAUGUGUCCUUAACAUUUCAGCCAAGGGUUAUCGUGGUUAUGUGACGGAGCCGACGAAAGGAUUUGUACGUUAUCGAAAAAUUUAUUUGGACAUCAAAGAGCCAAUCACCGAUUUUAAAGAAUUGAAAAAGCGUUUUCGUGAGCGCUUCUUAAACAUAUUUUCCAACCACGAUGCACGUUUCUAUAUUGAAAAUGGUUACUUUUCCGAGAAACAUUUGGCUUGUGAGUUGCACACCUAUGCCUGCAUGGCGUUGCAUUGUUUGUUUCUGAAAUUUGUACGCUCCGAUUGGAAUCGCUUGGCGCAGCGUCGCGAUAUUGUAUUGGGCUUUGCACACCAUCGUGAGCCAGUGGAAAAUAUAAUGUGUGUGCGCAUUACGCCAGAGAAUGCCACCUUUGUGGAUAUAAAAGAGUUGUGCUCGAAUAAUUUGGACGAAUUCUUGUUGGACUAUAGCUUAACAUGGCGAAACGUAGAUAACUAUAGUGACUUCCAUCAACUGAUUAUGUCCAUAUAUCUCGCUGCUUUGGACAAUCGCUGCAAAGAUUCAAAACUGCUGGUAAAUGUUAAGAAUUUGCUUUCUGAAAUACGACCUCUAAGUUAUUCGUAAAUUCAUUGCAAAAAAUAAAUCGAAUUAAAUUU